ACACACACUCUCUCUCUCUCUCGCUCACUCGCUCACACUCUCUCGCUCUCUCGCACGCACUCUCCCCUCGCUCAGUUUCUCCAUGUCUCUGUCGCUACGGCAACCAAUGCUUUUUCCCACUCUGACACACUCGGGCUCUCUCUGUCUCUCUUACACUCCCUCCAUCAGCGGCGGAGAGCCAUCUGUUUAUGGUCCUUCAGUAAAAGUGUCAGGACCGAGCCCCCCCCUCCCCCCUUAUAUGAAAUGAAUGGAGGAGCCGGGAGCCAGUGAAAAGAGCGGAGCGAUGGAGCGAUGCUCCAUCUCUGGACCGACCCCUCUCUGGUGCCUCCUGCUGGUUGCUGUCGUUACUCGCCCCACCUCCUGCCAAGAGGAGGCGGGUCACAUGCAACUGUCCGUCACUGCUCAGGCCACGCCCACUCCGCUCUGGGCAGUGGACUGGGGCCCAACACAGCCGCUGGAGGACGAGACGCACCACCUCCUGUCCAGCCAGGAAACUGAGGGGGCCAAGGCAGCCACGCCCGAGGCGUGGCCUCACCACUGGAACACACAGGCCAACCAAACCCAGCAGCCCCUGCUGUCCAUCGAAGCUAGAGACUCGGGAGAGGAGCCAGAAGAAGAGGCGGAGGAAAAAGACACAGAAGAAGUGGAUCCCCAGUUCUAUGUGACCGUGACUAUCUCGUCUUUGCUGAUUCUCUCGGCGGUCAUCAUCUCGGCCAAACUCUGCUAUGACCGCUCUCUCUCUCAGCGUCCUCCUCCUCUCUCGCUCGCCAUCCCUCGCCCUCUGGCCCAGGAGGACAGCAGGCAGACACUUCACAGCACCCCCUCCUUCCCUGACAGAGAGAGGAUUCCGGUGGUCAACCUCUGAGGAGCUGACCUCGCCGAGCAUUAUGACCAUUUCCACCAGGCAUGGAGGGAACCGAAGGCCGCAUGUGUGAACGAAUCCGCAGACACGUGAACACACACACACACACAGGCGGACACGAGAGGAGGUGAACGGAGGAGGGUGACUGUACAUAAGGGCGUGUACGUUUGCUCAAUGGACAGACACACGGACGGAGGCGGAGAUGGAAGGACAGCGUGUAAUUUAAACCCAGAGGUCCAGGCUGUAGGCCAGUAAAUCUCUGACCUCACAAUGAUUCACAAUGCGAUUUAGCAAGUGAUUCAGUGCUCCGUAAAAUCUCAGAUUUCACCACAAUUAGAUUCAAUUCAGUUUAGCUAACGAUUCAGUGCUUUAUGACCGCCCAUGAUUCACGAUUCAGUUUGAUUUCGCAAAUGAUUCAGUGCUUUUUAAAAUCUCAGAUUUAACCGCAAUAAGAUUCAAAUCGAUUUAGCAAAUCAUUCAGUACUUCAUGAAAUCUCACAUUUCACCUCGAUUCGAUCAAACUCUAUUUAGCAAAUGAUUCGGAGCUUUAUGAAAUUUCAGAUUUCACUUUGGUUCAAUUCAGUUUAAUUUAGCAAACUACUCACUGCUUCAUGAAAUCUCUGAUUUCACAAUGAUUUCAGUUUGAUUUAGCAAACGAGUCAGUGCUUUAUGAAAUCUGACGUUUCACAAUGUGAUUCCGUUUAAUUUAGCAAUUGAAUCAGUGCUUUAUAAAGUCUCAGAUUUCACCACGAUUCAAUUCAGUUUAGUAAACGAUUCAGUGUUUUUUUUUUAAUCACAUUUCACAACUAUUCGAUUCAGUUUCAUUUAGCAAAUGAUUCAUAAAUAAUUCAGUGCUUUAUACCACAAUCAGAUUCAAUUCAAUUUAGCAAACCAUUCAGUACGUCAAGAAAACUGAUAUUUCUACUUAGCAAAUGAGUCAGUGCUUUAUGAAAUUUCAGAUUUCAUCCUGAUUUGAUUCAGUUCAAUUCAACAAACUAUUUGCUGCUUCAUGGAAUCUCAGAUUUCACGAUUCAACUGAAUUAGAUUUAGCAAACGGUUCUUUAGUGCUUUUUGAAAUCUCAGAUUUCACCAUAAUUUGAUUCAGUGUGAUUUAGCAAACGAUUCAGUGCUUCAUGAAAUCUCAGAGUUCAUUACAAUUGGAUUCAGUUCGAUUUAGCAAACUAUUCAGUGUUUCAUGAAAUUUCACAUUUCUCCACGGUUCGAUUGGAUUCAGUUGGAUUUAGCCAUUGAUUCAGUGCUUUUUGAACCGUCAGAUUUCAUCACAGUUUGAUUCAGUCUGUUUUAGCUUCAUGAAAGAUUUCACAAUGAUUUGAUUCAGCUUUGGAUUUGAUUCUUCUGGUACAGUUCAGAAUCCGUUUCUUAAAACACAGUGAAUACACAAACGUGACCAGGAGAUACUGUUUACACAGUAGUGGGUUAUAGACAAUAAAAUCAGUGCAUAGGCCUUUUUUUAUUUUUAUGUAUUUUAUUUUGUAGAACUUUAUUGAGCAUUAUCAUAAACUCGUUAUAAUGGAUUCUAAAAUGAGCGCAGCUGAAGCAGCACUUCCAGUCUGAUGUAUUUUGACACUCCUGCCACUUUGAAGUGUUUUUCGGAUGCAUUCGCGUCUCUCCGUUACGUUAAUGUACUCGUUGCAGCCGUUCACAAAAGCUUAAUGAAUACUACCUGCUUGCUCGGCUGUACCAUAAUCAUCACUAUGAGUUAACAAUCUCUGAGAUAUUAGUGUUCGGUUCCUUCUGUGGUUGCUCGUGUGUUGUUUUUUAAACACUACUGUGUAGCAUUUAUUAAGGCUCGAUGAAUGACUGCAUCUUGUGCAGAGAUAAAUGUAGCCUAUUUUUUUCUUAAGGUUCUGUAUCUAGACUGUUCCGUUUCAUAUAGCUGUGUCACCCUUGGCGGCAGCAAAUGCGCUGAUGUUUACCACCACAGAAGCCCCAUAAACUUGACGCUUGGAACACUUUCUGUAAUUACUUUACAAAAAAACAAAAAAAAAAACAAAACAAGUCUAAUGCUGUAUUUUUUUUCAUGAUUUUGUAAUCGUGGAUGCACGUCGGCAAACGUACCCUUGAAAGCUACACACUGUUCAGAGUCGUGAUUAUGACUUUAUAUUGCAGGCGACUGCAGUAUGAAAUGGCAUCUCGACUGUCAGGAUGACGUCUGAGAUGAAAGCUGGGGAUGAGGAAUAUGACGUUGAUGGACUAUUCAGCCAUCGUGGAGCUUAGUAACAAUUUUGUAACAGUGCUGGCAGAAUGAAGGCUUUGUAAGACAUGUGGAGGCCUUAUAUUGAUGAACGGGCCUAAUUUUUGUAGAUAAAAAUUGCAAAGCUCUUCUGGCGCAGGGCACCUACUAUAUUUGAAUAGGAAUUUGACUCUUGGUAGAAAUGUUACCUUGCAUUCACGUCGGAGGGUGACAAAGCACAAGCAACCAAGGCAACGUGUAGCUGCGAUUUAGCUACAAGCAACACGGCGGCGAUUGACUAGGAAUUUUGCCAAUGCAAAUGAAGUACGACAUGGUGUAGCGACAAUCUAGAUGACUGAUUCCAGUUCAUUUCUUAGACCAGGGGUGUCCAUUCUUUUCCACAAAGGGUCAGUGCGGUUGCAGGUUUGCAUUCCAAACAACCAGGAGCACACCUGAUUCCACUUGUUUAAUCGACUGGUCAGUCUUCAAACAACUGAUCAUGUGAGCCCCUCCUUUGUUGAAACAAAAAUCUGCAGCCACACUGGCCAUUUGUAGAUAAGACUGGACAUCCCUGCCUUAGACCUGUCCAAGACACGAUUGCCCAACGUCCCCUACUCUCUUUGUUUUUGGCAUUUUUUUUGUCAAUAGUGUUGUGCAAGAUGUAGAGGAGAUACUUAUGUACCAUAUAAACGAAACAGCCAUACAUAGUAAACGUUUUUAUAAGCUGGGCAGGGUACACGCCCACAUACAACAAGAAGAGUGGCCUCAAAUACCCACAAAGAGACAAACUUGGGGCAACAUUAGCAACUUUUCAUGUCAAUGUGAACGUACGGUUAGGAUCCAGGCAAAGAUUACGAAGGGUAGGGCAGAAUGUGUUAGAGCUCAGGUCCAGCUUCCCAAAAGCAACUUAGAAGAUCUUAAAACACUGAUGUUGCCACUUGUUAAGAUCUUGGUUUUGUGGCUGGUCUGUUUUCGGAGAAAUUCCUGACGAUCAUUAGGAUUCCAAAUAGCAACGUUCCUCAAUGUAUUCUACUAGGCGCAAAAAAAGAUUUUACUAAUUUUUUCCACCUCUAACUACUCCAGCACAAAAAGCGCCGAACAGUUGGUUGACAUAUAUAUUGUUUGGCCAGUAAAAUGACCAACAUUACCUGUACUUGUUGCUAAACUGCAGUGGAAGCUUGUAAUAACAUUAGUUAUAAUGAAGAGACCUUGUCACUCAUUUCUGAGAAUGGUAAGGGUUUCCUGAGCACAAAACACUGUCAUAGUUAAAAUACCGAAUGUGCAUCCACACCUAAACAGCCAUGUUCUGGUAUACAACAUAUAAACUUACUGAUCAAGAUGAUAAUGAUAGUAACGAUAGUGAGCUGGACUGUGUUGCUAAUCGAAACUAGGCAGGUUGGAAAUGACAACGAAUUUGCCACCAUGCUAACGUUAGCUUGAUCUCCAACCGUUAACCGUUAAGAACAGCCCACUUUGACAGGAAAGGGACGUUUCACUUGCAAAAGAUCCAGCCAUAAGUCUCGGUUUAUUGUAGGGGCAGGAGAUUUUCAAAGCAGGGCUACAAGAAUAACACACCCAAGGGAAACACUUUGGCGAGGAUGCUACCAAAUAUUUUAAAAUUACGCAACUAUUAUUCCAAAAGGAUGUGCAGAGAGGGCGUUCUUUCGUGGUUGGCUGAUAAAACCUGCUGUCAGCAGACUGAGAAAUCUGAAAGAAAUCAGAGUAAGAGUUCACAUGCACUGAUAAAUCUAAAAUCCAGAUAUCCGAUUAUGGUUCAGAUUACCGAGUGCGUGUAAUAACCCACUCAUUGAGAGUUGUGGCCAGGUUAGCAUGCAGUAGAUACUAGACUCUCCAUGUGUGCAUCUGAGGCUGAGGAUCUAACUAGUGACUAAACUUUUUAAAAUUCUGGAAAAGUAGCUAAUCAACAGUAACCGAUCAAAACUUUUAAGUAUCCUCAAGAGCUCCUCUGCCUGACGCUACCGUAAUAUUAAAACUUAAGAGUUUCCACUAUUUAAGUUUAAGAAAUUUGACUGUUGAGACAAUCAUAGUUGCCAAUUCACAGCUGACAAUCAUCAGUCAGUAAAGCACUGUAUAUCGCUGUGGUCACCAACCUUCAUCUUAGAGAUCUGCCUUCCUGCAGAGUAUAGAUCCAACCACAGUCUGCCACACCUGGUCCAGCUGAUUCGUCUUCAGAUAUCUUCGGCUGCAUCAGAUCUCGAGGAGUAGGGUUGGUGACCCCCCGGUUUAGAGUUGAAUAUUUGACCAUAUAAAAGUGUAUUAGCUGAUAUUAUUAGUUAGUGUUCAGUUCAGCAAGGCCUUAGUUGCUGGAGGUACAACUAUAGGGAGGAUGCUACAGAGUGUAUCCCAGGCCCACAAGACUGGCCCAGGCUGGAUGAAGAACAUGUUCUCCUAGAGCUUUACUAGAAAGCGGAACCCUUCAUAGAACAGAAAAGAAUCUACCCAACAGUGUUCCAUAAUAAACAAACGUGUGGUGUUUGCCUUGCAGUUUGAGACAAUUACGUAAAAGGUUCUUGGGUAAGAUACCAGUUCAACUACACGUACAAGCUGUGAUCAUGUGAGAUUUGUGUGGUGUAGUUUUAUAUCAUUGAAGUAGCACUGCCUUAAAUAAUGUCUGUGGUUCACUGUAUAAAAACAAAGAUCAAUAAAAAAUGUAUCCCUGGUGUUUUAAAA